AUGUUUACUAUCGACCUCUCAACUUACUCCCGCUUCAUCCAUGACCACACGAAGCGCCAGAUGGAGGCCCAGGGACACCACUCGCUAGACCGUACCUCUUCUGGUGGCGAUGGCAAGUCUACCACCUCUAGCAGGGGAUUCACCAACGGCAGUUCCACCCCUACAGACUACCACUCCUAG